UUUUCGCAGGCUCCAUCUUUCUAUCUGCCAUUUGACCCUCUAAAAAGGAAAAAAAAAAAAAAAAUCAGGCUAUGGACGACAUGGCUGCCUACUACCCUCCACCCUCAGGUCAUCUCCCUCCGAACUACCCUUAUUACCAAACCCCUCCUCCUGCAGUUACGCCGCCCCUUCCACCUCCACCUGGUGCCGCGGCGCCAUCGCUCCAUUUCCACUCCUACCUCCUUCACCCUCAACAGCAACCGCCGUUACCCCCACCUCCCCCUUUCCCCUCUUAUUCCCUUCCUCACGUCGCUGCAUAUUCUUCCCAUGACUCCGUUCGGACUCUCUUCAUCGCCGGCCUUCCCGAAGACAUCAAGCCCCGCGAGAUUUACAAUCUUUUCCGCGAAUUUCCUGGUUAUGAAUCUUCUCAUCUUCGGAGCCCUAACACCUGCCAAAAUUCUCAGCCGUUCGCUUUCGCUGUUUUCUUGGACCAACAGUCUGCACUUGCCGCGAUGCAGGCGCUUAAUGGAAUGGUGUUUGAUCUGGAGAAAGGAUCAACUUUGUUCAUUGAUUUCGCAAAAUCUAAUUCUCGAUCAAAGCACCCAAGAACAGACGAGGAAUGGACCAGCUCCAAUAAGAAAUCGAGGGGAUCAUUUCCGAGGCCUACCAUUGAUCCGAGUUGUCGAAGCAUUCACGUGUCUGGAGUGGGUAAUUCUGCUUACAGCAUGAUUGGUUAUCCAACUGCACAAAGUUCUGGAAAUGUUGAUGCUAAUGCUGAGUCAGCAGCUAUGAAAAUGACUGCAGACCCAUGUCCAACACUUUUUGUGGCUAAUCUUGGGGCAAGUUGUACAGAGGAAGAACUAAUUCAAGUAUUUUCAAGAUGCCCUGGGUUUCUGAAGCUGAAAAUGCAGGGUACAUAUGGAGCUCCAGUUGCAUUUGUUGAUUUCCAGGAUACUGCUUGUUCAACUGGGGCAAUCAACUCUUUGCAAGGGAUGAUUCUAUACUCAUCGCCAGCUGGGGACGGCAUGCGUUUGGAAUAUGCAAAAUCGAGGAUGGGAAUGCGAAGGAAACGAAGGUAAACAGCAUCGAGCAGAGUCGGGUUUGCAGCAGUGACAAUGGAAGAACUUCCUGGCAAGCCAGCCCUUCAUAUCCUAAAAACUUGUUAUUUAUGGUAUCAAAGUAUUACA